GGGAACCAGCACCGUGGGUGUCCGGCGGCUCCCAGCGGAACAGAGACCGGGUAUUACAGAACAACCAUAAAAACAGAACCAGCUUCUGAAAGUACCUGCACGGAGAAAACGGUGGUCAGGAAAACUGAUGAUAUGACAGGCUUCAUGGAUGACUUAACCCUCAGCUCACCGAAGAAAAGAGAAUCUCCUUUGAGAUCCAAGAGAAGUUACGACAGGUCAUCAACAAGGUCAUCUAGCAGAUCCUCUUGCAGUUCACGGUCCAGUUCAAGUAGUUCCUCUUCAGCUUCCUCCAGAAGCUGGAGCCGUUCCAGAUCACGAUCAAGGUCCUGGGCUAGAAGGAACGGUUCCCGAAGGUACAGAAGAUACUCACGUUCAUAUUCCAGAAGUCGUUCGAGAUCCCGUGGCUACAUGAGGUACCGAGGACGGUACCAUGCCAGACACUACAGGAGGUACCACCGCUCUCCUCCGAGGUACAGAUCACGCAGUAGGUCGUGGUCUCGUGGAAGAUCGUACUAUAGAAGGUCCUAUUCGAGAAGCAGGUCACGUUCAAGAGGCCGAAGGUAUUAUGGAUUUGGGCGCACAGUAUAUCCUGAGGCUUACAGGAGCUGGAGAAGCAGGUCGCGGACAAGAUCUCGGAGCAGGUCACCUCUCCAUUUGAGUGAAAAAGACAAGAGGGAGCUCCUGGAAAUUGCAAAAGCUAAUGCUGCAAAAGCUCUGGGAACAGAUAACAUAGUCUUGCCAGCAAGCUUGAAGAUCCUUACUCCUUCCAAAGAGAUCAAAAAUGAAAAACAAGAGCGUGAAGAUCCUGGAGAGUCAGCUGAGCAACCCAGAAGCCUGGCAGAAGACGCCAAGAGUGGAAUGGAGAGAGCAACCAUCCAGAGAAGCAUUUCUUUCAGUCCUAACAAUACAAUGGCAAAACCAGUACUACAGAAGCCAGCGAGCCAUGUUGUUAAAGAACCGGCAGUUUCUCUGGGAAGAGAAGAUGAGAGGAAGGGAAGUCCCUAUGGGCAGUGGGUGCCUGUCAAGAAGGAGGAGAAGAAAACAUUUUUAAACUUCUCACCUAAAAGUGCUCCGUUCCGGGCACGCUAG